AAGGCAGCACUUUAGUGAGUGUGAUCAAUCACAUAACUUCAGAACCAAGCAUUUCUGUCACACAGAUCAGCAGCAUAAAAUUUCCGGGUUUCUCUCGUUCAACAACUUUGGCGCACAAAAUGAUAUCGGUUUUCACCGUUGGCGAGGAGGAACCCAAGUACGAUAAAGGGAAUCAUAAUAUCAUGUUGGCAAUACUUCUUGGAAUAUUUAUGUGUAUCACAAUAGUAAUAACUGUGUCUGUGUUUGUAUUCUGUAGGAAGAAGAACAGUGUGUUCAUGCUCCAGAAAUGUGAGCAGGAGGAUUCUGACCUUGAGCUCAAUGAUAUCAACACGGAGCCGGAAUCAUCAACAGAUUCAGAAUACGAAUAUAUUGAGUCAUCUUCACCAGUUAAAACUGAGACUGCCAAAAUGAGGUCUAGUAGUUCUCCAAACCUGAACCAGCAUGCUAGUGAUAACAAUCACAAUGGUGAGGAGAGUCUAAGGGCAGUUAAGAAUGAGACCAUGAAAUCAAAAGGCUCUAAUAAAAAGACAUCUUUAAAGAAAGCUAAAUACAAGUCGGAUGUUCCAGCAUCCCAAAAUGAUAAUAGUGCUGCUCCUCUUUUAAAUGCAAAAAACACUGAAGGAAACAAAAAGUCAUCAAGAAGUAGUCAGACUGUAAGAAAACUAACUUGCCAAAGUCGAUCAAUGCCAAUAAUAUAUGAAAACCCUCAAAACAAGACAGAUAUGUCAAGCUUUAGUGUAGUCAAUGAAAUGCGAGAUUCAUCUCAAAAUGUGAAUUUCCAAAACAAUGAACAAGAAGUUUCAAUACAUAACAAGAGAUCUCAAAAGAAGUCAAAACAUUCCAGGAAACACAUUUACACAAGAGUUGAACUGCAUGCACCCUACAUAGAUGGAGCUAGUGAAGUGGUUUCUGAUAUACAAAUGGAAACUGAUUUAUCAGAAUCAAUUUUAGGAAAUAUGAAAUUUUACCGAAGAAAUUCAAAGGAAGAAAUUUGUAUCAUUCCUGAGUUAGAAACUUCUCCAAAUACCAAUUGUGUUUGUUUACCAAACUCAAUGAGAGAAUUAAAAAAAUUAGACCCAACUCAUCAAAAAGCCAUUAAGGAUGGUUCAGCCCUUACAAAAGAGUCAACACAUGAUACUAAACAUAGAGACACGGGAGGCAUUGAUAUAAAAUAUAGCAACAUGGGAGACAUUGAUACUAAAUAUAGCAACAUGGGAGACAUUGAUACUAAAUAUAGCAACAUGGGAAACAUUGAUACUAAAUAUAGCAACUUAAGAGAAACUGAUACUAAAUAUAGCAACAUGGAAGACAUUGAUACUUAAUAUAGCAACAUAAGAGAAACUGAUACUAAAUAUAGCAACAUGGAAGACAUUGAUACAAAAUAUAGCAACAUAAGAGAAACUGAUACUAAAUAUAGCAACAUGGAAGACAUUGAUAAUAAAUAUAGCAACAUUAGAGACAUUGAUACUAAAUAUAGCAGCAUGGGAGACAAUAAUAAAUAUAGCUACAAAGGAUAUACUUUUACCUAAUAUAGCAACACAGGAGACAUUAUAAUGUUUUAAUAAUAGUAACAAGGUAAAGCCGAUAGUCUAAUAAUAGAAAUCAAGGACAACUUCAUCAAGGGUAUUCAUGAGUCACAAACAAAUGGGUUAUAAAGAUAGAGAGAUGCUAAGUGACUUGAA